ACAGUGCGCGUGCGGACACCGCUUGUACCCAGUCAUGGUGUGAAUAUGUGAUUAGUGUAAUUAAUGUGCAUUUAGUGUUGUGAUUUUAGGUUGUGAAGAUUUCAUAUAUAUCUCAGUAACGAUGUUCGGCACAAACUUCGAUGAAUUCUGCGACUUCAACGACAGCAUUUGCAGCAAUGACUCCGGAUUUGAAAGGUCCUACGCUGACUCCUUUACUUCUACAAAUAAAACACCAAAGAAAAAUGAAUCGAUGGACCUUGGAAUAUCCCUUACACCGACAAAAGACAGUAGCGUACGACGAAGGCUUUUUCCAGAAGAUUUUGAUUACCCAUUUCAACAACCCGCUGAAGUAGAAGAUGUAAAGGCAUUCGAAAAUUUCCAACCGAUCAAUAACACAUCUACGCCUAUAAAGGCUAAGGACAAAAAGCCCAAAGAUCCUAACAAACCGAAAAGGAAAUACGCGAAUGGAAAGAACAGAGUAUCCAGAUCUAAGAGUCCAACGCAAAUUAUGCGGAUUAAAAGAAAUAGAAGAAUCAAAGCCAACGAUAGAGAGCGAAACAGGAUGCACAUGUUAAACGAAGCAUUAGAUAGACUGCGUUGUGUCUUACCUACUUUUCCAGAAGAUACAAAAUUAACGAAAAUAGAAACUUUAAGAUUUGCUCACAACUAUAUUUUCGCAUUAAGUCAAACGCUUGACGCUUUAGAUAAUAUAAACUCUGGGCAUGAAAAUACCACCAAAGGCACUCGUCCUCCGACCCCACGUCUUAGAUUUAAUUACCUACAGUACUUCAAGGUGAUAGUGCCCUCGCUAGCAAUACUCUACUCUACAAUACUCUACUCUCUCCCUUAA